CCCUAAUAUAACCAACAUAGAGGAAAUGCUGUUUCUGUAUGAGAGGAACUUCGGACUCAAAUACUGUCCAGGUGGAGAGAUAUUUCACUGAGGGACUUGACAAAUCGGAGGCGUUUUAAAAAUACCUACUUUAUUUGGACCUCAAUAUGGGGGUUAUAAUAUCCCGGUUUAGGACUAAGCCAUCAACUGUAGAGGUUUUGGAAGGAAUUGAUAAGGAUAUACAGACUGGUGAGGAAUGUAGAGAACUGUAUCAAAGACAGUUGAAGCAAUGGCUAUGGAGACUACUGCUGUACUCAUCUCUUCUCUACCUGAUGGCCAGCAUCAUUGUGUAUCUCUGGUACCUCCCUGAACAGACGAUUGGGAAGGUCAUAUUGGCCCUUCCGUCUGUGAUAUUUCCACUAUUUGUAUGGCUCCUUCGAAAGGGGCUGAUUGCUCUUUUUAAAAGAAGAACAGAAAAUAACAAUGAAAAAUUGGACGAUCUCAAAUCACAAAAACGAAAAAUUCUGUUAGAGGUGAUGGAAACUGAAACCUAUAAAACUGCAAAAAUGAUUCUGGAGAGAUUUGAUCCUGACUCAAAAGCAAAGGUGCCAGAAUCCCUUCCAAAUGAAAUGCCUAUGACUCCAAAACCUCAACAGGAACUCCGUCAGCGUCAUGUCACUCCUCGGCCCCCAGUGGCGUUGACUCCUGCCGCAGCCCGUCCUCCUCGUCCCCCGGUGGCGGUGACUCCUGCCGCAGCCAGUCUUCUUCUGGCCCCAGGGGCCACCCAUGCAGGGCCGCCCCUCCACUCCGCUCCUGGAGGACCCCCAGAGAGGAUCCUGUCUGAGGCUGCUCAGCAGAGCUUGAUGAAGAGGCCCAUGACCCCUGGCAUACUUGUUCCAGGAGUGGGCCCUCCCCUGGCCAGACCUGUCCUCCCCCGGGAUCGCGGCACCAUGGACAGGGUUAUUGAGUACCUUGUCGGCGAUGGCCCUCAGAAUAGAUAUGCCCUCAUAUGUCAGCAGUGUCUCACCCAUAACGGCAUGGCAUUAAAAGAGGAAUUUGAAUAUAUUGCCUUUAGAUGUGCAUAUUGUUGUUUCCUGAACCCUGCGAGAAAGAUCAGACCCCAAGCCCCCCGACUCCCUGAGAUCAGUGCCGAGACGAAGAUCCUCACCGACGCACCCGUCGCAACUCCACCUGAAGCUGAUGAGAGCCCCGUUGCUGCAGUUGAGGAGAAAUGGCCUUCUCCCCCAGCUGAAGAGGAGAUCCAGGAGUUGGCAGUUACUCCAACAGAGGGUGCCCCUGAAACAAAAGGGUCAGAAACCCCAGGCUGUCUGGGAGCCACCCCAGAGAAGUCCGAUGAAGAGCUGGAUAUGUCAGACAUGGCGGUUCAAUAGAAUGUUGUUUCAACAUCAUUUUAGGCUGGGGGCUAUGUUGUUUUUAGUUAUUUUUCUCAGUUUUUAAAGUAAACUUUAAUAACAUCAAUGCUGUGAGUAAGAAUCGCAGAAUGACAGGCUAAGGGUUUGGUAUGAACUUAAAUGGAUUUAUUUUUCUUGUCUGUUAUAGUGAUUAGCAUAUAAACUGAAUCCUGAUGGUAGGGGUUAAUGGACAGGCAAUACUUUUGGGAUUUUACAUGAUGUCAAUACGUUCAUUCACUAUUCCAGCACUUCUGUCCAUGAAUCAAGAGUAGGUUUGCUAGCUAAGUAUUUGGCGUUGAUGCACAUCUGUAGAAUGUUUAUAUAUAUAUUUUUUUCUUUAGUGUUUUGUUUUAAAUAUUAAGCGGAUAAGCAAUUUGCCAAAUGAAUAUAUUGUCUGUUUUGUGUGACAAUGUCUGUCCAUGUUGUCUACAGACAGGUAAACAUGCUAAUGCAUGCUACUACUACUUAAUAAUAAUAAUAAUAAUGAUAAUAAUGCAGAGGCUAAAUGUAGCUACGCAGUUGGUCUGUAGAAUUACGUUUUCUUCUGUUUGUUUUUGCGUGAGUUAUUUGCUACAUUGUCACUGUAUUUUUGUUUGUUUUUUUGAGAAUGUCUGGCCAUGUUUACAGAAAUGCAAAAAAUAUCCUGUCCGGUGUUCUAUGAAAUCUGUAUAUUUAUAGGUGAUGAUAUUUAUAGAUACUACAGUAUUGGGACACAGUGCCUUUUGAUCAGUAUUGAAUAGGUUUUGGAUACUUCAAGCACAAUGUGGCUAACCACAUGUUUACACAGUAACGGUACUAUCAGGAGUGCUUAUUUAUUGCUUAAAAGGAGAAAGCUGUUCUGCUGUUCUCUGCACCCGAGUGCCUUGAUGCGUUGUGCGUUUGUACUUUGAAAUAAAGACAGUCAUUUUCA